AUGUCGGAUGGUGAGUCGCUUCUAAUUCUAUUAAACUCCAUUCAGCUCAAAACAAAAUGUACAUAAUCAGCUGGAUGGUGGUUACUGUAGCCAUGGUGCGGGCCGAGUACCCGUGGACCUUCGACAACGACCUGUUCGGAGGUGAGUGGCUCUUUUUUGGCAAGAAUAUUGUGAUUCUUUUGCUUUUUUUACUGUUCCUUUCCCAUUAUAUAGAAGAACAAUGGGAAAGAAACAGUAAAAGACCUUAUACUUUAUAUAUAGCAACUUUGAAAUGACCUUGUAUUUUAUAUUAGGAUAAUAUGCAUUCAUUUGCCCCUAUAAAUGUUAUCCCUGCCCAAUGGCACUCUCUCAUUUGACCCCUACUAUAAUGUCAGCUAAUGCAAAUUCAAGGCCUAUUUGCAUAGACUUAGUGCAGAUUAAAGGAAAACGCGCUGCUUUGAAUAGAUUAAUAUUAGUUUUUGAAGUAAAAAAUUACUUUUCUUGAACUGCUAAAGCAGUAUUUGUGAGCAUAAUACAGAGAAAACAUGUCUUAAUGACCUAUUCACACAAUGUCAGGUACUAUUCCUGUUCCUUGCGUGUCGAAAACAGCAAAAAACAUCUGGCUAUGGGAGUUCACUAUGAAGAUAAUGACACUACGAGACACAUAAACCUGUUUUAAAGCUAUUUUGGGCAUGGUGAUAAUGAUAGUUUUGUCAAAAAAUAGGUAGAACUUAUUUUUAAGAUUGAUUUUAGUCACUUUACUCACCAUUUUAAUAUAUACCUUGAUCAAAAUUACGCUGUAUAUAAGCAACUUAUUGUAGAGGUUAUAUCUAGAAAAGCUUUUAGUCCAUCAAACUUGUAUUUCAGUUAUCAAAACAUACUUCCACUUCCCUUAAAGUAUAUAAUUCAUAUUAUUCUCCACGUCCAUAUUAUAUCCCCCUUUCGUACUCAAAUAGUAUCACUUCGAAUAUUACUCGAUAUCAUCCAACAUACCAUCCAACUACACAACACACUACUGCCUCAAUAACAAUACUAAUAACACGUGAACGCUGCCAAAACUUCAUGAAUGUGUCCAAAACAGGCACCGCGCAAUUAGACUAUUAUGCUAAUCAACAGGGCAGCGACGACGGCGGCUUUACUACUUUAAGAAAUGAAAUUCCCCGACAAGUGGGGGUUUCUGGAAUCUGGCCUUCCGGUGUGACCGUGGGAAACUCCCAGGAUCUGCGCAAUUAAAGUAGUUAGUUAGGCGAUGAGGGACACUUGUUUUCCGCCGUAUUCCUUGUUUGUGGUAUUGCUGGGGUGUUUGGGGUUAUCAUACGGGCGUUCAGAGGUUUUUCAAUCAUUAUUCUGAUUCAAAAAAGUUUUAAGCGUUUGGAUUCUGAGGUUUUAGGCUUAUAACGUUUAGUGUUUUUGAAAAUUUUUUGGUUUUUUUUUGUUCAUGUAAUUAGUUUUUUUGAGCUUUUAUUGUUAUCAUAACUCUUGAACAAAGUAAAAAUUAUCUUACUAUAAUAAUGCUUUCAAGCUUACCUUUACAAUAUUGUUUUUGUACCGUAAACUUUAAAAAAUAAAGUUUCUUACAUUUAAAACAAUCCUUUUUACCUAAAUUUUUCAAAAUUUCUCCACAUAAACCUUUGUUUAUCAACAACAAACUCAGAAUUCCCGUUUCGAUCCUCAAUUCCCCUCCAAAAUGCUCGGCCAUGUACUGGGCCUAACCUUGUUGCGCAACUUUAUUCAAUUUUCGAGAGUCGAAAUCGUCUUGCCGCUUCGGAAUGAUGCCCUGAGGACGAGUCCGGUUGCCCUAACGACCUCAGAUAAAUGUUAGCUAAUUAAUCGGGUAUUACCUGGUCGCAAGAGAGAGAGUGCCACUUUUAGAUAGACCAUGAUUUCCUGGCUGAUGGCCGCCUGUUUUAGUCCUUGUAUUGUAGGCCCCGACUUCUGGGGAUUGAUGAACAAGCACUGGCGCAUGUGCACGGUGGGACAGCUACAGAGUCCGGUGAACAUCGACCCGUCUAAGAUGUUGUUCGAUCCAUCGCUGACACCUUUGAAGUAUAGUGAAGUUCAGGUAAAUUGCAGAAAAAUUGAUUUAAAAAAAUUUUUUUACUAAAACCUUAUAGAUCAUCAAGUGUAAUAUAUCCCUUUAGAUAAACUAUAAAUUCCAAAGAUUUAUUGCUCAAGAGUAAAAAGUCGUCAUUCCAGGUAGAUUCUGAGCUAGAAAACACUGGUCAAUUACCACUACUACAGUUCAACUCAACUGAUAUGAAGAUGAAUAUUUCUGGAGGGCCUUUGACUCCAUAUUCGUAUACUUUACAUCAUGUUGGCUUCCACUUCGGCCGAUCUAAGGACAACGAACGAGGUUCUGAACAUACUGUAGAUAGAGUCAGAUUCCCGGCUGAACUACAAUUAAUGGGGUACAAUUCCGACCUUUAUCACAACUUUACUGAAGCCAUGACGCAACCUAAAGGGCUUGUGGGCAUAUCGGUCAUUGUGGAUGUAAGUGAGAUUAAAUGUGAAAAAUUAGGUAAACCUUAAAUAAUAAAUGGCAAAAAAGGACUUGUACUAAUCUUUUUAAAUGAAUGCACUUUUAGGUAGGAGAAUAUCCAAAUGCCGAGCUUCGCAGACUCACAGUAGCAUCACAAAGCAUAGUAUAUAAAGGUAACCUAUAUAUAAACUUCAAACGUUAAUGGAAACGUAAUAAAAAGUAAUUUUAAGUUAAAAAAUAGUAAAAUACUAAAAUUUGAAUCUAUGUUAAUAUACCAGGAACAAACUACUAAUCUUUAACACCCUAUAGUAAAAGUUAUGAAUAAUGCCACUUUUUAAGAUCAAAGAACCCCGAUCCAAAAGUUUCGACCAUUUGGAUUGCUACCUUCAAGCAACACUUACAUAACAUACGAAGGGUCUUUAACACAACCAGGUUGUCAUGAGACUGUCACCUGGAUUGUGAUGAACCAUCCUAUCUACAUUACUCAGGAAGAUGUAUGUAUUUCAGCGAAAUUUUGAGCUAACAGUAACUAUUCGAUCAAAAUGAUUGUAGAGGGUUAUUCUGUCGCAGCAUUGUUACUAUACGUUAGUGUAAAUUGUAUUUUCUUUUUAACUUUUUGACCAAAAAUGGCUAAAUUAUUGAUCAUAUUGUCCUUCAGUUAGCGAUAUGGGAUGAUUUGUUACAAAACGAACAAAAACAGAGCUCUCCUGUCUACAUGGGACCCAAUUACCGACCGCUCAAACCGGUAAAUGGUCGACUUUUCAGGACCAAUAUCAAUGUUAACUACAAAAAGGUAUGUCUUUUGUAAAUUUGAUUACUUUUCUUAACCGGGCUACUUUAAUUCUUACUUUUUUAACUUUCUAUUUUCAAUAUACCUUUUUCAAACUCUAACAUAACUUGUAAAACUUCAAAACAACUUCAGAAGGCUUCUACUUCUUCUGGUCUUUCAAAUUAAAAAAUGUUUUCAGAAUCGUAGCGACGGCUCGUGUCCGACCAAUAUUUACGUUGACAUGGGAUAUCGCUCAAACCCCAAACGCUCAGUAAACACGAGUAUCAAGACGAUGAACAAGCGACAUUCUCCGUCCUUCAAAGUCUGGUCGGAGGUCGACAAAAACUUUGAUUUCUAG